UGUGGUUUCAUUUUUGCACAAGGACAAGAACGAACUUGAAAAUAUAUUUUGUCCAAAAAAAAAAAAAUCAGGAUUAUCAGCAUGUCUGUAUUCAGUGACAUCCAGAUAGCCAUACCUACCUUUUCACAUAAAACUGUGUGAUGUCAUGUUAUUAUGCUGCAAACAGUCAGCUGAUGGUCUUCAUCAAGCAUGUAAAUAUUGGGGCUUUCAGUAUGCUUAAAUGGAAUUUGUGUCAUGCCUGCCAUGAAAGGUAUUAGCCUGGUAAUUUUAAAUUAAUUUGACAUUUACAAAAGUAACAAUCAACCCAGAGUUAAGUCGUGUUGAGAAACUCUUCUCACAAAUAAAAGGUGGUCAUUGGAGUGUUUUUUUAUUUUUUUUAAAGAGCAACUCGUAACAUUUAAGAAUGAAAGUUUCUGUUUGUAUUGUAACUAAGAUCUCAUUUCUGUUUGUUCUCUAAGGCCAGUCCUUUGUCUGGACACUAGUGGCACAUUUCUGACUCGACCUUUUAGAUGAGAACAUACCAUCAGGUGGCGCAAAGGGAUAUGUGACGAAUUUUUAAUAAUAAAGUCAUUAAUUUAUUUACAUGGCGAGAGAGGAGAAGCCGCAUCUUGACAGGGACGGGGUACGGGGGUCAUACAAUAGCAUCUAUGAGGUUUAUUUAAGCUUAAUAUAAUGAAAACAAGCCGAUGACAGAAGGUGUAGCGCAGCAUGAGGAUAAAAUUGAACUGAUUAAUAAGGCAGACGGACAGUCAUUCCGCUGAGUCUAUAUCACUGAUCUCGUCUUUUCUGAGGAGCGAUUUUUUUUUUCCCACCGCACGACUUACUCAAGAAUAGGGGCUACAUCCCGAAGAUGGAGUUUGGAGAAAGAAAGAGGAGAAGGAAGUCACAGAGCUUUAAACUGGUCACGGAUGAAGAGUCUUCAUAUAUGAUGAAUUCCAACUCAAAAGUUGCAAAUAGAGCGACCAUGGAUGCUGCUUUGCCUGAAGUAGUUUUGGUUGGAGAUGAAGGCAUGGAGAUCAAGAAGCAAAUCACAGGAAUGAUGAGGCUUCUUAGUGAUAAGACUGGCAGGUUUUAUCAGCGUGUGGGAGCAGAGCAGGACGGCUUGGCAGCGGAGCCCCAAGACAGUCCUCUGACCUGGGUACACCAGUCUGCAGCUUUAUCAGAGGAGCAACAGAGCAGCAGUUGGAGCUCUGCAGGGGAGCCAGGGCCUUCAUCUUCAUCCAUAUCCACCUCCAUCCAAAAUGGUCCAGGCUGCGGCCAGUACAGCACCCGCUCAAAAACUACGAGGAACCUCAACAACACCACCACCAAGGAUCUGAAUAAAAGGAAUGAAGUUAACGAUGUACUCCCUCCUGCGGAGCCGGACACCCCGUGCUGCAUGUGUAACUGUAAGGGCACCUUGCAGGCUAUUUUGCAGGAACUGUGUGCCAUGAGGAAGCUGAUGCAGAAUCAAAAAGUGUCCUUGGAAAGACAGGAACAAGCAGCAUCUCCAUGCCAACCUCCUCGUAUUGGUCAGGGCCCCACUCCUCGCUGCAGGCCCCGCAAGAGGAGACCAAUCUACAAAGUGGCCCCCCUCACUGUGCCUAGUGCGAGAAGAGCUACUCCUCCUGCCCCUCUGGAGGCUUCCACCUAUAUGGCUGUGCCUGUAGAUGCUCGAGAGGAGGAGGGAUGUGAGAAGGAGCAAAACUCAUCCACAGCCAACAGUCACCCGGCUUGCUCCGAGGUUUCUGUGCUGCCAUGUCAGAAUAAUCCGGUAACCGUGGACAACGCACACAAUGCUCGACUGAACAUAACGAAGGAGCCUCAGUUGUUAGAGUCUGAGGUCCGUCUCGCUAAGGAUUAUGACGUGUAUAUAUCAAAGGCUCAGCUGGACUCCAUCCUUGUGAACUACACACGCUCUGGCAGCCUGCUGUUCCGCAAACUGGUUUGUGCCUUCUUCGAUGAUGCUACUCUGGCUAAUUCCUUGCCAAACGGUAAAAGGAAGAGAGGCCUCAAUGACAACCGAAAGGGCUUGGACCAGAAUAUUGUGGGCGCCAUUAAAGUGUUUACAGAGAAAUACUGCUCGGAACAUAGAAUAGAGAAGAUGCCCGGGCCUCGGGACUGGGUUCAGAUCCUUCAAGAUCAGAUCAAACUUGCCAGGAGGAGGCUGAAAAGAGAAGGUGUAGAAGCAGAAGAAGUCUUAACUAGACCUUCCACAAGAUGCAACUACAACAGGCCUGCAAGUGUGGAGGUGACAGUAGUGAACAUGACUGGAUGAUUGCAGGGCUGCCACAACGGCCUUAAAGCAGAUCUAUUGUCUCUAUUAUUUAUCCAACCUGAUGCAUUUAGCAAAUUUAGAAUAUUUAUUUUGCAGCUUGACUUGUGCUUCAUGCAGCCGAUGUAAAGGGGGAAAA